GGCAUCCCAUACUAUUCAAACCAGAAUAAAUCUGAAAGGGGUUUCAGAGUUGUUAUUCGUCACCUGCACCCCUCUACCCCUUGCUCGUGGAUCACCAGCGAGCUGCAGAAGCUCGGCCACCAGACUAAGUUCACAAGGAACAUGACAAAUCCUGCAACUGGUGGUCCGAUGCGGAUGCACGAGAUAGAAAUUGUCUCGGCCAUGGACGGAAGCCACCUUAGGAUCCUCUCCAUUAAACAGCUAGGAGGACAAAAAGUGGAAAUCGAAAGGAAAAACAGGACGAGGGAACCGGUCCAGUGUUUCAGGUGCCAGGGUUUCAGGCAUGCUAGGAACACAUGUAUGAAGCCCCCAAGGUGCAUGAAGUGCGCUGGCCAGCAUUGGUCUAGUGAGUGCACUAAGCCAAGAUCAACCCCCGCCACCUGUUCAAACUGCCAAGGAAACCACAUCAGCGCAUAUAAGGGGUGCCCUGCCUAUAAGGCAGAGAAGCAAAAAUUAGCAGUCAACAGGAUAGAUUUUCACAAAAUUAGGACAAUAAUGGACGCAAAAAGCAAGAAUAACGAACGUCAGCCCCGCCCCCCUUUCAACAAGACCCCCCGACUACCCUAUAGUACCGAAAUUGCCGAAGCCCGAAAGGAAGCCGCCAGGAAGUCUGCAAUGAACCCGUUCCGGCAAAAUGUGAAGGAUAGUAGGCCAAACCUACCGCACCUUUCUUCACAUGAAGUUGCCAUCCAAAAACGCCUAAAUAAAUGGCGCCGGAGUGCAAACAAGGCCUCCACAAAUAGCAGGACCAAUCUCAAGAACGGGCUACGAAAGGAACAAAAAAAUGUAGAAAAAGCUAUGGAGCACAAACAGGGAAAAGACGACAGCCCCCCGACAACGAGCAGAGCUGCUUUGGCAAAUCUGAAGGCAAAGAUAGUUAAGGAGACAACGCCCUCACCACAAAAUAUCAACACUCUUCCAGCAAAUAGCCAACCCGACGACCCAGUCAUUAAACUGGCAAAUAGAGUUGACAAUCUGGAAAAGAAAAUUGAUAUAUUAAUGGCCUUAAUUAUACAAGCAAGAAAUCCGGACGAAUAAACCUUUUGACGACGUAUUCCUGCUGACCCCCACGAUGAAGACGCGAAGGACGCCACCCACUAGGACCAGCAUAGACGAAUCUGGAAGCUGAUGGACAGGAGAAGGAUCAACGCGCAGCAAAAACAUGAUGAAUUUAAGUCGACUCAUUGCAGCAGCGUAUGCACAACGUCACUUAUCUGAAUUGUUUUGCUGCAAUUCCUUUGAAAUGUCCCAAAACAGCAGCUGCAAUCUCUACGAAAGCCAUACUUGACGACAAAAGACGACCCGACUGGGCGUAAUGGACAAACUAACUUCUUGACACUCAUAACACAAAAAACAUACAAUGUUUUGAUGCAGUUUCCUUAUUGGGAUU